UUUUAUUGGUAUAAAAACGGCUCUGUACAAUAUUAUAGUAUAUUACUGCUGUUAUAUACCGUAAGAGAUUUCGGACCUAUGUAAACAGAAUUUGAGGAAAUACAUUGACGUACGAAUCCUCAAAAAAACCUCACAUAUACCAAAUCAGUGGUUACAAUAAGUACAGUUAUAUCAUAACAUGAGGAUAGUAGGAAGUUUUUAGAAUUAUAAUAAAAAUAGUUUGAACACACACUACCAAUCGUGUUGAAUAAUCAUGGCGUCUACUUAUAUAAAGGAUGAACAAGGUGGAACAUUUAUUCCAGCCAGUCAACGUCCAGAUGGUACAUGGCGUAAGCCAAGACGUGUAAAAGAUGGAUAUAUACCACAGGAAGAAGUUCCAUUAUAUGAAAGUAAGGGCAAACAAUUUAUAAAGAACAAACCUAUUUAUCCAGUGGGAGCGAGUCCAGAGUUUAUAGCUCAACAUAAAGCUAAACAAGAGGCUUUGGCAGCUAAAGCAACAAAGUGUGUAACGUGUACACAACCUAAGUCAGAAAAUAAGAAAAAAAAGAAGAAAAGUAAAAAUAAAAAUACAGAGAUUAUAAUAGAAGAAUUAUCAAAAACUACUAUCUCUCAAGCUAAAGUUGAAAAUAAAAUAUCUACAUUGAGUAAUGAGGUAAAUAAAACAAAUCAAACACAAACAACUGUUGAUACUGAAAAAAAAAUAAAAAGUCUUCGUAAAAAAAUAAGAGAAAUUGAAUCAUUGGAAGAAAAAAUAAAAAAUGGUUUAUUAAAAAAUCCAGAAAAAGAGAUUUUAGAAAAAAUGCGAAGAAAGAAUGAAAUAAUGAAUGAAAUAAAAUCUUUAGAAGAAAAAGUAUAAAAUGCAAUUGUUUGAGAUAUUUGUACGAAUCAAAUUGUGAUGUUUAUUAUUUUCUUAUCAAAAGAAAUAUAUAAUGUCUGUAUAUUAGUAUCUAAUAAUAGUAGCAUGCAUUUCAUUUCUCUUUUAUAAUAAUUACAAAAUAGUUUUAUGUUGCAUAUUAUAUUUUUUAUUGCAACUUGCAAUAAAUAAUAUUAAUGUAAUUUACAGGAAACAUUUAAAUUAAAAUAGAUAUAUAUCUGCAUGAAAGAAAUCACCUUGUAAUAUAUAAUGUAUUAUGCGAAUACAUCACAAUAUUUUCCACCUUGUAAAACCAUUAAAAUUUAUUGGAGAAUAAUAUACCUGUAACAUUAGUAAAAUAUACAACCAGAGUUGUGUAAUUAGAUAUAAGAUUCAUAUUGUUAAACAUCAGACUUAAUUCAAUUUUAAAUUAAAAUAUUAUAGAUUUAAGCAACGUAUUUCUGACAGAGCGUCGUUAAGACUGGUGUACCUUUUACACUACACAAUUUUUAUAAUGUCUUGUGACAAAGUUAUAUCAUAAAUCAAUGAUUAUAUUAGA